AUGAUGGCGUUUGCGCCCUUUACAAUAACAUCUGCUGUCCGCACGUGGAACCCCAGCUUUUACUUCGUGCGAACGAGUCCUGCCGCUGAGGUGAUGGCCCUCCUCCGCUACACUAUCUCCUCUCUACUUGUGCGUCGGUUUGGGUUCAUGUACCUGCAGGGUCUUUCCUUCGGUGAUAAGGAAUAUCAAGUCGCCCAGCAGACAAUGUCCAAAAUGGGCGGUGAGUUCAGCGGCGUGUUCACUCUGAAUGGAUCCUACACCGGGUCCGCUGAUGAUGCUGUGUUCAACGCCGAGUGGGAGAAGUUUGCCGACACCCGCCCGCAGGCUGUGAUUGUGUUUGGUGCACGUGUGAACGACACCAUCAAAUUUAUCCAAAAAAUGUUGACGGACCCCCGCACCGCUGACGCCUUCCUGCUUGGGCCGUUUGCACUACAGGACAUUCUAUUGAGUACGUGGCGUGAGGCGGUGAGUGCUGGUGGUGUUCCGUUUGUGAGUGGCCAAGUGAUCACAACGGGUGUAAGUCCGCUUGCGAGCGACACGCAGUACGAGGCGAUUAAGCGCUUUCGCAAAGUGAUUCGUUCCUUCUUGAAAACAGUGGGAUCCAGCUUUGACAACGGCGAAGGAGACUUUCUCCAUAACGAUGAGGUUGGCGAGUUGAUGGUUUCUGGGUGGAUUGUCGGUGAAGUGAUGUCUCAGGCUCUCAGGUCUCCUGAGUGGAUAAGAGACAGAGAGACAUUUAGACAAUCUCUGUUCAAUCAGCGUCGCUAUGUUGUCGACGACCUCGUGUUUGGGGAUUUCGGUGGAGCCUGCUCUGCGCUUGCCAAAUCUCACGGUGCCGUCUGCUACUGCAACCAGGGUGGCCGGACGGUUUAUAUGAAGCGAUUUGUGAAGGAUUUUCUUGCGGAAGCGGUAAGUGAAGGUAUUAUGACAUUGAAGACGUCACAUUGCUAUCACACAAUGUUUCGUAUGCGUCAGCCCCUUAAUGGUGUUGCUGUAAGAUUGGUGGAUGGAUCGGAGCACUCGACGGCAACGUCGCGAUGGCUGAAAGGGUCAGUUGCCGCUUUGGGUAAGGCCAGCCCUAGGGAUACCCAAAACUUCUUUCUGCAGUUUUUGAAUUCGACUACAGAUGAUGCAGGAAUGACGCUAAACCAGGAAAUAGAGGAGAGAGUGACAGAUGCUGUGGUGGGAAUGGUAACGGAGGAAAUGCUGGAGCAGUCGGAGGUCACUUUCAUUGAUCCAGUGUUCCUUCAGCCGCGGCUGAACCACUUUCAGAGGCAUGUGAUUCACCUGUCACCGACGCUGGAGCAGGAGCUCUUUGUGCUUGCGCAGUACCUCGCCAACACGGCUGACGCCAACGCCCACGCUGUGAUCCGAAGCGACGAGGCAGCUGCUAUUGCUGAUGUGUUGCGGCAGUCGCUAGUGACGUUUGGCGGGUCGCUGCUGUCGUCCGCGCUGCUGGGUGCCGAUGACGCGCUGGAGAGCCACCUGCCUCGCGAUGGCGAUGUGUUCGUCGUGGGCCUCGCUGCAACCGAUGUCGCUGUGGUCGCGGGUCACCUGGCGAAGCACCGCAGUGUGCGUGUGCUUGUGCUGUUCACGGCGUUCUCGUUGCUGUACGAUGAGUUUGUUGCUGCGUUCAAUGGGAGU